CCGUUACUUAGACUUCCUCCAGGACUUCCCAUUAAUGAUCAUGUCCGCAUCGGUUCUCAUCUCGACCUUCCCUCCAUUCCCCACACUCUCCCUCUCUGCGUCCUUGGACGCUCCGUUCUCGACGCUCUACGACCUCCUCGCAGAGCGCUACCCCGAGCUCCCCUCUGACCUCGUCCUCUCGCUCCACCGCGGUUGUGCCCCUGCGCUCGACGCGCCUCUUUCUUCUCUCUUCUCAUUGAAUCAAGACGCCAACGAUGGGACGCCCCUGGUCAGCUUGCGUCUCGUGCCGAGGCUCAGAGGAGGCAAGGGCGGUUUCGGCUCGCAGCUGCGUGCCGCCGGAGGCCGCAUGAGCAGCCAGAAGACGAGCAACAACGACUCGUGCAGGGACCUGAGUGGAAGACGUCUCAGCACGAUCAAGGAGGCGAAGAGGCUGGCGGAGUACAUUGAGAGCGAGCCAUUGCGCAAGAAGGCUGAGCAGGAGGCAAAGAGGGCUAAGCUGGAGGCGCUGGAGAGGAAGCUUGGUAUCACUCACGCCGCGGAUGGUGCUGGUCCCUCUGAGCCGGAGCCGCUCGCGGGCAAGAAACAUCGCUUCGACGACACCGAGUAUCUAGAGCAGAGUCGGGAGAUUGUCGACAACGUGAAGAGUGCCGUUACCGUUGCUAUGCUCAAGAAGAAGAAGAAAGCUAAAACUUCGCACAGCCUUCGUGCGUCGGAUAAAGCAAUGGAAACGGCUGCUUUUGCUAAGGAAUCGAUCGCCAACGCCGCAGAGUCCGUGGCCGUGGUCACUGUAUCUGCUGCUUCCAUUGCGGUGGAGUUCGCUUCCUCCGCAUCAGGGAAGACUAUCGAGCCAUCUGUUACUACUCCCGACUUGGUCCCCGUAGCCUCUUCUACUGCCGAGGUGGCUAGCGCAUGAGCUGUAAUCUAUUGUACGAUGUACUGUGUAAUUCACUCGGUUGUCGUGUUGAGUAAUGUGACACCGUCAGUCUCUUCAAUCAACCUGAGCUCCG